AUGGUCAGCCAUGGCUUAAUCUUAGGCCAUAUUGUUUCAGCAAAAGGGAUUGAGGUGGACAAAGCCAAAAUUGACACCAUCAAAAAUCUGCCUUACCCAACCAGCAUUAGGGAGAUUCGAUCAUUCCUUGGACAUGCUGGUUUUUACAGGAGGUUUAUCAAGGAUUUCUCUAAAAUAACUCAGCCUCUUUGCAGAUUGUUACAGCAGGAUGUACCCUUCAACUUUGAUGACAGCUGCAAAUCAGCCUUUGAUUUGAUCAAAUCACUCCUAAUUUCUGCCCCAGUCAUCCAGCCACCUGAUUGGACCCUUCCAUUUGAGAUCAUGUGUGAUGCCAGCAACUUUGCUAUAGGUGCAGUAUUGGGACAGCGCAUAGGUAACUCUCCUCAUGUCAUUCACUAUGCCUCACGCACCCUAGAUGCUGCACAAUGCAAUUAUUCCACCACGGAAAAAGAGUUGCUAGCUAAAGAGGCAAAGUAUUAUGUGUGGGAUGAGCCUUACCUAUGGAAGCAUUGUGCAGACCAAGUCAUAAGGAGAUGCAUCCCAAAUCAUGAAACAUGUGCAAGGUGCCAACAAACAGGAAACCUUGGCAAAAGAAGUGAAAUGCCACAAGCACCCAUUAUGGUGUGUGAAAUCUUUGACAUAUGGGGCAUUGACUUCAUGGGACCAUUCCCACCUUCCUUUGGCAACACCUAUAUACUACUUGCUGUGGAUUAUGUGUCCAAGUGGAUUGAGGCCAAAGCAACAAGAGCUGAUGAUGCAAAAACAGUGGGUGAUUUUGUAAAAUCCCACAUUUUCUCAAGAUUUGGACUGCCCAAAGCCAUAAUCAGUGACCGAGGCACCCACUUUUGCAACAAGGUAGUAGAAACUCUCCUCAAGAAGCACCAUGUCAUCCAUAGAACAUCUACUGCCUAUCAUCCUCAAACAAAUGGGCUGGCUGAAGUAUCAAAUAGGGAGAUCAAGUCCAUCUUGGAGAAAACGGUCUGCCCAAAUCACAAGGACUGGAGUACACGCCUCAAUGAUGCCUUAUGGGCAUAUAGGACAGCAUAUAAAACCCCAAUUGGGAUGUCUCCAUAUAGGCUGAUUUAUGGGAAAGCCUGCCAUCUACCGGUGGAACUUGAACAUAAAGCCUAUUGGGCUGUGAAGAGCUGUAAUCUUGAUGAAAAAGAGGCUGGAGUUCACAGAAAAUUACAGAUUCAAGAGCUUGAGGAGAUUAGGCGUGAUGCAUAUGAAGCUUCAUGGGAUUAUAAAGCAAGGACCAAAGCAUUCCAUGACAAGAACAUCUCCAGAAAAAACUUCCAGGUUGGUGAUAAGGUUUUGCUCUUUGAUUCCAGGUUCAAAUUAUUCCCUGGAAAGCUUCGGUCUAGGUGGAUUGGGCCAUUUUUGGUUGAGCAUGUUUAUCCACACGGAGCUGUUGACAUUAGGAGCCCACAAACAAGCAAAGUUUUCAGGCUAUCGAAACCCAUCCCCUCCGACAGUGAUGAAGAGGCACGGGACACACCUCCACCAGCCACCAUCAACACCGAGACACCACCGGCCACAAGUACAGCAACAGGACGCACCGACUCACCGGCCGCCCAGACAUAUCGCCGGCAAAAGAAACGGCAAAGGACACCGCCACCACCAUCCACAAUAGCCCCGUCGGCAAACCCUGCGGGCGAAAUGCUACCUGAAGCCGCCACUUCCUCCGGCUACAGCCAGAAACGGCCAAGAACUCAGUCGCCACCAAGGUCAGAGCCAGAGCCAGAGCCAGAGCCAGAACAUACCAUCGCCAAAGAAACUGAUGCGCCCACAGACUUGCCAAGCGCUAUGCACAGCGAUGUGCCUAGCAAUGCGCCUACUGAUUUCACCAGCGCUAUGCCCAGCGAUGUGCCCACCGAUGCGCCCGUGGACUUACCAAGUGAUGUGCCUAGCGAUGUGCCUAGCGACACACCCAGUGAUAUGCCCAGCAGUUUGCCCAGCGAUUUGCCCAGGCCAGUAUACCCAGAUCACAUCGUCAAAGCACUGACAUUCAACAAAAUUUCUGAGCGCACCAGGCUGCUUAAAAUUUCAUCUCUACCAUAUCACCCUGGUAAGUAUAUCCACCAUGCCACCCUUGGAGCACUGAGACUCCAUUCCCAGGAAUUCGGCAUAGCCAUGGGCUGUGAAUGCCCUCAGUCCACUUGGGACUUCCCUGCUGAGUUUGAUCCAAGCUCUGUGUACUUGGAAUUAAGUGACAAUCCACCAGACUCCUACUCACCAACAAGGUCCAGUAACGCCACGCCAUGA